AUGAAUGCGAGCGGAACAUCAUUUCCUAUGCAAUUAACAGACCAAGAAAGUUCGGAACUCCGCGAUACUGAGACUGAUUCACCAUACGACAUCCGCUCGUCUCUGGACCGAUAUAAAAAAACAUCUCCCGAGCACAAUAGGCGGGCGGAAGCUGCGUCGCAUCCCGGUGCAGCGGCUCCUCCACCCGGCGCACCCUCGCCCCACCCGCGGGCCGCAGCACCCCCCGGCCCCCUCCCAGCACACAGCCCCGGGCCUGCGCCCCCCCACACGCAAGGCGCGUGCGCCCGCCGGCCGGCGAGUCAGUUCACCGCCGCGCCGCGCUCCGACCACACGUGUGUAGCGUGA